AUGUCUCUGGUCCUUCCCGAAGCUCAUCAGCAGUUCCAGCACAUCCUCCGUCUUCUCAACACCAAUGUUGACGGUAAACGCAAGAUCAUGUACGCUUUGACGGAGAUCAAGGGUGUCGGUCGUCGGUACUCUAACUUGGUGUGCAAGAAGGCCGACGUAGAUCUCAACAAGCGUGCGGGAGAGCUGAACUCGGACGAACUCGAGCGUCUCGUGACCAUCAUCCAAAACCCAACACAAUUCAAGAUUCCUACGUGGUUCUUGAACAGGCAGCGGGACAUUGUAGACGGCAAAAACUUCCAAGUGCUCUCUAACGGCGUGGACUCUAAGCUCCGUGAUGACUUGGAGCGCCUGAAGAAGAUUCGUGCUCACCGAGGCCUGCGGCACUCAUGGGGUCUUCGCGUCAGGGGCCAGCACACUAAGACGACCGGCCGUCGUGGAAAGACUGUCGGUGUGUCGAAGAAGCGCGGUUAG